UUGAUAAGGCAAAUAUAUUAUCGAUGCAACUAAUAAAUAUCGACAGUAAACACGUUGGUGCUCGAAUUCCCAGUCGUCCUCGAGCCUAUUGAUCUGAGUGUUUCUAACUAGUCAUUCUCUUCAAAGCUACAUCCAUUAACUAGUCGUGUUCGAUGUCAUUUGGCGUCAAUGUCGCCUACCACAGUCGUUCAAGCCCGAGGUGAGGAGCAAAAACCAUUCAACGACCUCACCCAGUAUCUCCGUAAGCAAUCCAACUAUCCAAUUGCUCACGGAGGCUUCGGAGAUAUCUGGAAGUGUAGCUUACCUGACGAGAAUGUGGCAGUUAAAGCCAUCAGAUCUUACUUCAUUGAUGAGAAUGACAGGAUCAAGAAAGAUAAGAGAUUGCGUCGAGAAUUAAUCAUAUGGCAAAAACUUAUCCACGACAACAUCCUUCCAUUGUAUGGCGUUGCUCUCGGAUUCGGUCCGUUUACUGCCAUGGUGUGUCCGUGGGCGAAAAAUGGAUCCUUGAUUAUGUAUCUUGAGUCCCAUCGAGACCUUCUGAUAGCCGGACGAUUCAAACUUUUGUCUGAUGUCGCAAGUGGUCUACAUUAUCUUCAUACAAAUCAAGUUGUACAUGGAGACCUCAGUGGGUCCAAUGUUCUGGUGAUGGAGAAUGGCACCGCUUGUCUUUCGGAUUUUGGGCUUUCCGGUGUUGUGUCCGAUUUUUUUGGUUCAUCAACUUUCUCUUCUACUAUCUCCGGCAACAUUCGAUGGGGAGCCCCAGAGCUGUUCGCUUUACCGGAAAACCAAGACGGCUCAAUCAAUCGCCCUAGUAAAGAAGCUGAUGUCUACUCAUUCGGCAGCAUCAUGUUACAGGUUCUCUCUGGGAAGGUCCCUUACUAUUACAUCAAACAGCAGAUGCAGAUUAUCAUGAUGGUAGUGAAUGGCAAAAAACCCAGACGCCCGGAGGAGCCGACGAUCACGGAAGAACAUUGGAGCAUGAUAGAACGCUGCUGGAGUCCAUGCGAUGCCCGACCAACCAUUGAAGAUAUCCUAAUUUUUAUCGCGGCACAACGAAGUAAGCACAAC